AAGCUAAGUCUGAGACUCUCGGCUCCUUCUUAACCCACUCAAGUAUACAUACAUAAAUACUCUUUCAGCUUAUUACUCACCUCUUCAACCAUGGAAAUAGACAUGCUUGACAUUCAUAACAUUGAAUUCUCCGGCUACAGUACCACCACCACUCCCUCUUCCGACGAAAACCCUGCCUACACCAACUGGACCCACUGGUCCCCCCUCGUCAAUUGGGAAGCCAUCGCCGCCCCUUAUGACGACUUCCACCACCUCAUCGACUCAAUCAUCGACCAUCACCACGCCACCACCCCCCUCCACCUCACACCCGACCACGAUGACGAAGACGACACAACCACCGCCAACACAGCCGACGAUGAAUCGCCACCACUUCCAACAACACCAACACCUACCAUCGCCGGCGAAGACGAAACAAAAGGCCUGAGGCUAGUGCACCUCCUCAUGGCCGCAGCAGAAUCCCUCACUGGCGCCACCAAGAGCCGUGACCUGGCUCGAGUGAUAUUGCUUCGACUCAAAGAGUUGGUUCCUUUUAGCAGCACCAGCAGCAGCACAGGGGCAACCAACAUGGAAAGACUCGCCGCGCAUUUUACCCAGGCACUCCAAGGUUUGCUAGAUGGCGCAGGGGGUGGGGGCGCGCACAAUAAUCACAGUAACAAUAACAAACAAUACAAUUACUGGUCCCACCAAACGGAAACUCUAACAGCAUUCCAACUGCUUCAAGACAUGUCCCCUUACGUCAAGUUCGCCCACUUCACCGCCAAUCAGGCCAUCCUUGAAGCCAUCGCACACCACAGACGGGCCCACAUCGUCGAUUUCGACAUCAUGGAAGGUAUCCAGUGGGCCUCACUCUUGCAGGCCCUGGCCUCUCAUAACAAAACAGCCUCGCCUGGCCCACACCUCCGCAUUACUGCAUUGUCUAGAACCGGCUCAGGCCGGAGAUCCAUUGCCACCGUUCAGGAGACAGGCCGGAGGCUCACUGCCUUCGCCGCUUCCUUAGGGCAGCCUUUUUCCUUUCACCACUGCAGGAUGGACCCCGACGAAACGUUUCGGCCCAACGGGCUGAAGCUCGUUCGCGGGGAGGCUUUGGUGUUCAAUUGCAUGCUCAACCUCCCGCAUUUGCCCUACCGAGCACGCGAUUCAGUUGCGUCGUUCUUGAACGGCGCGAAGGAUUUGAGUCCCGUGCUGGUGACGAUGGCAGAAGAGGACAUUGGGCCCGUAGGAGUGGAUGCUGGAUUUGUGGGCCGAUUCAUGGACUCACUGCACCACUACUCGGCGUUUUAUGAUUCCCUUGAAGCCGGGUUCCCAAUGGAAGGUCGGGCCCGGGCUUUGGUUGAACGGGUAUUUCUUGGACCGAGAAUAGCAGCGUCGUUGGGGCGGAUAUACCGAACAAGUGAGGGGAAGGAAGAAAGAGGGUCGUGGAGGGAAUGGUUGUGUGGUAUGGGGUUCAAGGGAGUACCUUUGAGCUCAGCCAAUCAGAGCCAAGCGAAACUACUAAUAAAUUUGUUCAAGGACGGUUACAAAUUGGAACAGUUAGGUUCCAAUCAGUUAGUGUUGAGUUGGGAAUCACGCCGUUUGUUUUCUACAUCUAUUUGGUCUUCUUCUUCCUCCUACUCUCAGAUUGAACCAUUGUAGUCUUUAAUUAUCAGAUUUACAUUUUCAUUUGGCUUCCCGCUCACAUUUUUUCU